AUGUAUGCCGUCAUUGGACGCAGACAUGGCAAAAUUCUAUCUGGCGACUUAACCCAAGGAAGUGGAAAUUUUUCAGUGAUGGCCAUACUACCUGUUAUCGAAUCGUUCAACUUUGCUCAGGAGAUACGCAAGCAGACAUCUGGUUUGGCAUGUCCACAGCUAAUAUUUAGCCAUUGGGAGGUAAUCGACAUUGAUCCAUUUUGGGUACCCACCACAGAAGAGGAAAUAACGCACUUUGGUGAAAAGGCGGAUUCAGCGAAUCGUGCUAAGGUUUAUAUGGACAGCGUUAGACAUCGCAAAGGAUUAUACGUAGAUGAAAAGGUUGUGGAACAUGCCGAAAAACAACGCACUCUGUCAAAGAAAAAAUAAAACAGUGUCCUAUAUAGUAUUAUACUAUUAUACUAUAUAAGUAGAGAUAU